AACCAAUUCUCAUUUACAAUGACAGCUCCCUUUGACUGGAAUCAUCUGUAGGAUCUGCUCAUAUUGGACUCUUUGAGGCAGGAACAUCUGGCUGUAGAGGUUCCUGUCGAUAUUGUAUUGACAUUUUUUAUGUAUGCUGUGUGUUUGAAUAGUCUAUGACUUUUAUGUUCUGAUGCCUGCCUGAGUCAAGACACUCAUACAAAGAGUUUUAUUUCUGUUUUUUUGCGUUUUGAUUUCAGGGUUUUAUUCUUUUACUCGCUCUGAUCCCAGCAGCCAUCUGUGCCCCGGUGUUUCGUCCAGACGACUGCACUGAUGUGUACAAUGGAGGCUUUGAAUACAGUGGUGUGUACUCCAUCUACACAACAGGACGUGUCCGGGUCUACUGCGACAUGGGCUCUGAUGAGGAAAGUGUGAAAUGGACUGUGAUUCAGAGAAGAAAAGACGGCACCGUGAACUUUUAUUAUGGAUGGGACCAGUACAGAACUGGAUUUGGAGAACCAUCAGGAGAAUUCUGGCUGGGACUGGAGAACAUCCAUGUCCUUACUCAGAGGAAGAGCUAUGAACUGAGAGUAGACAUGGAGGACUUUGAGGGCAACAAGGCCUACGUCUAUUAUUCCACCUUCUCUGUGGGUCCGGAGGAAGACGGCUACAGGCUUCAAGUCGGUGGCUUCAGAAAUGGAAGACGUGGAGAUGUUGCUGGAGAUUCAUUCACUGUCCAUGAUGGUAUGAAGUUUUCUACAUUUGACAAAGACCAGGACACCGAUGGACGAAACUGUGCUGAGCUCUACCAUGCAUGGUGGUACAGAGGCUGUUUCGCUGAUAAUCCUAACGGUGUUUAUUUAUGGGGCCGCACCUCAACCUCCGGGAUCGGAAUCAACUGGACGACUUGGAGAGGACAUGAAUAUUCUCUGAAGUCAUUUGAAAUGAAGAUACGACCCAAAGAGUGAUAUCAGAUGUCAGAUUAUCACGCUCAUCACAUGCGCUGCCUGGCCAAUAAACAGCCACACACACUGCAGGACAGUCUUUUGUAGAGGUUAACCAAUAUAGGUUUGUUGAUUUUUCUUUUUUUCUGUGACCAAUGAUGAUGAUACUAUGGGAGUUUUUGUUUGUUUAUUUUAUUUAUUUAUUUUUAGGGGAACAAAAACAUAACUUUUUAGGGUGAUUUUCUUCAUUUCUUUUUUUUGGGGGGGAAAAAUGUGAUGAUUAUUGUUGGUGGGGGAGAAACGUCUUUGUUAACUUUCACCAGUAAUCCAUGAUGAUGUUGUAACAUCUCUCAGUUCUCCUCCCAUCUGAGCUGCUUCCAAAAAAGCUUUUCAACUUAACUCAUCUCUGACUCGGUUCACCUAAUAACCUAAUGACCCUCACUUGUCCAGAUGCAGAGCGUGCUGCAAAUCAAUAAAAGUGGAUGCCACGGAUGAAGCAGCAGUUACAAGUUGCCCUCCCAUCUUAAGCUGUGUCAGUACAAUCAGUCCCUGAAUUUGAGGGAAUUGGUCCUGGAAGGUCCUUGAAUCUGUGUGAUCACUUACAGUGGCGUCACAGAAUCUUCAAACAGCUUUCUGCCACAGAGAUGCAAAAGAAGAAAACACAAGCUAAAAGUAAAUCUGAUAUCAAGUUCUGAAAAUGAAAGAAAUCUGCAUAUCAUACGAUGACAUGCUGCUUUACUCAUUUACUGUGAGGGGUUUAUUUUGCUAUGAAAUCAUCAUGGCAACCUGGUAAAAAUAAACGAAAAUCUGUCAGGAAGAAGUGAUGUGCAUAUUUUUAUAUAGUAGCUCCAUGGUUCUCAAACUGUGGUACAUGUACCACCAGUGGGAAGCAAGCUGUCUUU